AUGAUAGAUCUUGGAUUUAUUCCUUGUUAUGAGGAAGAUACAGCAGCAGCAGCAAAAACAACAACAACAGCAGCAACAACAGCAGCAACAGCAGCAGCAGCAACAGGAAGAACAGGAGGAUUAAUAUGCCUACCUGAUGGUACAAUUGCUAGGGUUUUGUAUAUAAAAGGAGAAAGAAAAGAAAGUAAUGGAUGGACAUGUACAUACACUAGACCUGAAUGGCGUCUAGAAUCUGCUGCAGCAGCAGCAGCAGCAGCUGCUGCUGCUGCGGAUGCUGGGAAGCAACAGCAGCAACAGCAACAGCAACAGCAGCAACAGCAGCAGGCAGCAGCAAAACGGCUGCGACUAAGCUUAGGGAAAGUUGGGGGACAAACGGUGCUGCGUGUUGGGGAAGAGAGCAGCAGCAGCAGCAGCAGCAGCAGCAGCAGCACUGGUGCUGUGCUUCAAGAAAUCCCAGAUGGCAUUGCUGCAGCAGCAGCAGCAGCAGCAGAAGCAGCAGCAGCAGAUGCUGAAGGGGGGUUUCUUCAAUCCGACCUCGAGAAACUGCAGCCUUUGGAUACUCUGCUGCACCAACUGUGGACUCCUGCUGCUGGGGGGCCCCCUCAAGGGGGGGCCCCUCAAGACAGGGGCACUCAAGAGGGGCCCCCAGGGGCCCCAUGCAAACCCUGUCCUGCUACUAAAGAGGGCCCACCCGAGGGUCCAACGCUUUCUCAGGGCCCCCCCUCUGGAUCUGCUGGUGCUGGGGGCCCCUUACCUUCUGUAGGUGCUGACGACUUGAACCCUCCUGUGGGCCCCCCCAACCUUGGGGGCCCCCCUGGGGGCCCCUGGGGCCUAGGGGGUUCAGGAGGGUCCUUGGUGGGCCCCUCGCAUCCUUUAUUUGGCAUGCAAGGAGAUAAUAACAGGGACUUUAGGGGGGGGCCCCCGCUACCCCCAGGGGCCCGUUAUGACCCUAUGGGGCCCCUAGGCACAGACCCUGCUCCUGACCAUACCCCUUUCCUUCCUUAUGAAACUCCGGGGGGCCCCGGGGUCCCAGGGGCCCCUGGGGCCCCUGGGGUCCCCAGGAACAGGGGGCCCCCCUUCGGUGGGGGGCCCUCCCUCGGGCCUUUUGGGGGAGGAGGAGGCCUAGGAGGUGGCGGUUUCUUCAUGUGA